CAGCAGCAACAUGCUCGCAGUCACGUGACCGUCCACUUCCUGUCCUGUCCUGGCAGCCGCGGGCGUCACGUGCACGUCCUCGAGCGAGAUCACACCGGCGUGGACGCACUUUGAUGGCGCAGCGUGGCGUGCGCGAGUGCAGCGCGGGAAGGUGACCGACGCCUCCAGACGCCACCUUCGUCCGCCCGGCUUCACCUUGGAGGAGCAGCGCGCGUGGAAGGCUGAUGGAUCACGUGCAGCAGAAACUAGCCUCCUCCAACUCAUGUGGUCCCAGAGUGCACCCUGGACCCCGUGCGCUACCCAAACCCGCUCCAGUUUUCCCCCGAGGGCCACCUCUAAUAUGCCCAUCGGGGACUGGGCAGGACAAGCAGUUUGAAGUCAACCCCCCCGCAGCGAGAGACCCAUGGGUUAAGUCCGGGACGGGUAUUUGUCGACCGAGACCCACCUCCCUGGGGACUAGACCUGCUCCCAGAGUCCCUGCCAUGAAGGACGUAGACUUGAAGCCACUUUGGAUCCCAGGACCUCACAAUGUCAUCGCUCCUUGCACAUUAGAGUCCUCAGUCCCUCUUCACAGUCCUCAGUCCUCUUCCUUCAGCCCAAACUGCAGCCUCAGUCCUGGAGCGACUCAGGUGCAGAGUGACAAGAGCAGCGGGGACAACAACAAGGACUUCAGGGUCCACAUCGCCACAUGGAACGUGGGCUCGGCCGUGCCGCCCGAUGACAUCAGCGCUCUGUUUGGAGGCCACGUGUCGGAUGGGAGCGUUGACAUGUUUGUCAUCGGACUGCAGGAAGUCAACUCCAUGAUCAACAAGCGGCUGAAGGAUGCUCUGUUCUCAGACCAGUGGAGCGAGCUCUGCAUGGACACGCUCAGCCCCUUCGGAUACGUCCUGGUGGCGUCUCAGAGAAUGCAAGGACUGCUGCUGCUGGUCUUCUCCAAAUUCUGCCAUCUUCCUUUCCUCCGAGGCGUGCAGACGCAGAGCACGCGUACGGGACUCGGGGGAUGUUGGGGCAACAAAGGGGGCGUGAGUGCCAGGAUGUCCAUAUUUGGUCACCCGGUGUGCUUCCUGAACUGCCACCUCCCCGCCCACAUGAGGAACUUGGAGCAGAGGAUGGAGGACUUUGAGAGCAUCCUGCAGCAGCAGCAGUUUGAGGGAGGGGCCGCCACGGGGGUGCUGGAUCACGAUGUUGUCUUCUGGUUCGGGGAUUUGAACUUCCGCAUCGAGGACUAUGACAUCCACGUGGUGAAGUGUGCAAUAGACAGCAACAAGCUGCCCUUGCUGUGGGAAAGGGAUCAGCUCAACAUGGCUAAAAACACAGAAUCCAUCCUGGAAGGGUUCCUGGAGGGGCCGCUACAAUUCCCGCCCACGUAUAAGUUUGACGUGGGCACACACACCUACGACACAAGUGCUAAGAAGAGGAAGCCGGCGUGGACCGACCGUAUCCUGUGGCGCCUCCGCCGCACGGGCUCCCCCGUUCCUACCCACAAUGCAGCACUGCAGAGGGGUCUGACCUCAUGGCUGGGCGGUGCCACCAAAGUGACUCAGCACGCCUACAGGAGCCACAUGGCCUUCACCAUCAGCGACCACAAGCCUGUGUCUGCGCUCUUCUCCUUGCACUUCCCAUUCAGGGUGGACAUGGCGCUGGUGGAGCUGCAGGUCAACAAGGAAUGGUGUCAAGUCUCCGACGCCACAAUAAGAUUGACCUUUGCGUCCAAUUACCAUCGCAGCUCAUGGGACUGGGUGGCAAUAUACAAGGUGGGAUUCAGACACCACAAAGACUACCAAGCGUAUGUGUGGGCCAAAUAUGAGCACGCAGGGCAGGUGUGUUUUCCAGAGGAGGACCUGCCCAGAGAUGAUGGCCAAUACGUGCUCGGUUACUAUAGCAACAACAUGAACAGCAUUGUUGCUUUGUCCUCGCACAUCCAGAUCAAGAUCCCCGUCCACAGCCCGUCCGUGCAGCGCUCCGACAGCACCGAGGUCAGCUCAGAAGACGACAGCACCUUGGUCCUCCUGUCCCCCAACUCCCGCAGCCCCAGCCCCAAAACCAGCAAGCAUCACUGCCGCCGCCGCCGCAGCCGCAGCCCCGCGGUCUCCAACCCUCUCCCGUCCCUGCAGGGCCUGGGCCUGUGUCCCCGCCCCAAAGAGACCCGGAGCCUCUCACCUGGCUCAGCCGCUAAGAAGGUUUCCCCGGGCUCCGUCUCGUCUCCGGCCGUCAGCCCGCUCAGUCCUCGGAGCCCCGUGUCUCCCGGGAUCGGGGUUUCGGCACCGGAGGCCCUGAUCGCUGCUUUGAUGGGGGAGCAUAGGCCUGCUCAGGUUAGCCCUACGGGCGCAGCAAAGACGCUGGACACGCGUAAAACAUAGACCGGAGGAUACGCAAACAUUCCGCAUCGCAUCUUCCACCGUGUUUAUGUGGGACUCGCCCCCCCCCCCCCCAGUUACAAGUGCUUUUAUCGGCUCACAAGCUAAUACAUGUAGGGACACUCCAAAUAUGGGCGUAUGGGAUCAGGUGAUUCAUCAAUAGUUGUAGGAAGAAGCAAUCUAACAUUGCAAAGUAGACUACAGUGAGUCAAGUGGAUAACGUGGUCGUUUCCUCGUUCGCUUUAAGGGUCUCAUGUUGUAUUCAUCGUCACCCAUUUGAAAUAAGAUGUUCCACAAACGCUCCAAAAUCUAACCUUGAUGCUGGAAUUGACACAGUUUUAAAGUGCUUUUAGUAAGCCCUAGUUUGACGUGUCUGUACCUUUAAUGCUAAUGAGCUGCGUGUGGCUCCCCGAGAAGCUCUAUUGUGCACUUUAUCUACAUUUGACAUAUUCACUUGUCCAACAUGAUAGAUGUAUGUAUAUAUAUUGUUGCGUCGACCAGCUCUUCCUCCCAGGGAAUCUAAGUUACUGGUCAAUCCCAAGUUCUUUCGAUGACAUAUAUGCUGAGUAAGAAGGACCAUCAAGACAGAAUAGGAAUAUUAUCAAGUUUUACUGAAAUUUCAGGGGAUCAGCCCACACCAAUAAAUUCAUAUCGGCUACUCGAGUUGAUCUCCCACUCAAACGGAAGAGCCAACUUCUUGCACACAAAGAAAGCCCCCACCUCUCCCUCUCGCAACACUGAUAAGGCAAGAAGGGGGGGCGGGAGGGGGGUGUAUUCACAUUCCAAUGGCUAAGACACUAAACAGACCUAUGAAGACAAAGAGAAACUGGUAAAAUAUAUAAAAAAGAAAAGUACUAGCUGCUCUAUGAAUAAAAAA